CUCCUUGAUAUAGCCAAGUGCUAAGAGGCGCUUGCAGUCACUUGGUGAGAGCGGCGCUCCGCGUGCUGUGGGGCUGGAGUAGUUUUCUGUGCGUGUGUGACAGACUGAGGGCUGGUGAGACUUGCGAGGGAGGAGGAGACGCAGCAGCAGAAGCGGCGGCAAAGUAGCAGCCGCCAGAGCCGGCUUUUCUCGUGCUCAGCGGCACCUCUAACUUGGGAACUGUCCACCAGCGUGAGCUCCUGAAAAUGAGCCUCCUGCCUCUCUAUCUGCUCGGAUUGUUCUUCAGUAAUGGGCAAGCACUUCUGCAAGUGUCAAUUUCCCUCAGCAAGGUAGAAGUCAGUGUAGGUGUAUCCAAAUUCUUCACGUGCACAGUUAUUGGUGAGCCUGAGAGUAUAGAUUGGUACAACCCUCAAGGAGAGAAGAUUGUUUCUAGUCAAAGAGUGGUGAUUCAGAAAGAAGCUGUCAGAUCACGGCUAACCAUUUACAACGCAAAUGUGGAAGAUGCUGGGAUAUACAGGUGUCAAGCAACAGAUUCUAGAGGACAAACUCGAGAAGCUACUGUUGUUUUGGAAAUUUACCAAAAACUCACCUUCCAGGAUAUCUCAUCUCCGCAAGAAUUUGUACAAGGAGAAGAUGUACAAGUUAUUUGCCGUGUUACUAGUUCACCUGCACCCAUUGUCAGCUGGUUGUAUCAAAAUGAGGAAGUCUCAAAUAUUGCUGACAACAGAUUUGCCAUGCUGCCAAACAAUAAUCUUCAGAUUCUUAAAAUCAAUAAAAGUGAUGAAGGACUUUACAGAUGUGAAGGAAGAGUAGAAGCCAGAGGAGAAAUUGACUUUCGGGAUAUCAUUGUAAUUGUGAAUGUUCCUCCAGUGAUUACAUUGCUCCAGAAGUCAUUUAAUGCCACAGCAGACCGAGGAGAGACAAUUACUUUAUUCUGUAGAGCCACUGGUUCUCCUGAACCUGAAAUCGGCUGGUAUAGAAAAGGCAAACGUAUUGAGGAAAAUGACAAAUAUACAUUAAGAGGAAGCAAUACAGAACUGACCAUCCGAGAUGUCAGAAAUAUUGAUGCUGGUCCUUAUAACUGUGAAGCAAGAAAUAAAGCAGGAAAGAUGACAAAUCAGACAUUCCUCCAAGUUUUUGUACAGCCUCAAAUAAUACAGCUGAGAAAUGAAACCACCUCUGAAAAUGGUCAAGCAACACUCAUAUGUGAAGCAGAAGGAGAACCUGCCCCUGAAAUUACUUGGAAAAGAGCCAUUGAUGGAAUAACAUUUUCUGAAGGUGACAAGAGCGCAGAUGGCCGUAUAGAAGUCAAAGGGCAGAAUGGAAAGUCAUCACUGCACAUAAAAAAUGUGAAGUUGUCAGAUUCAGGAAGAUACGACUGUGAAGCUGCAAGUAGAAUUGGUGGGCACCAAAAGAGCAUGUAUCUUGAUAUUGAAUAUGCUCCAAUAUUUGUGUCGAAUCAAACAAUAUAUUAUUCUUGGGAAGGAAAUCCCAUCAAUAUAAGCUGUGAUGUUCUAUCUAAUCCAUCAGCAUCUAUUCAGUGGAGACGAGGAAAAUUGGUUUUACCUGCAAGAAACACAACUCAUUUAAAGAUUCACAGUGCUGGAAGCAAAUUGAUAUUAGAGAUUGCCCCCACAUCUGAUAAUGAUUUUGGACGGUACAAUUGCACAGCCACAAACAGAAUAGGAACAAGAUAUCAAGAAUAUGUCCUUGGUUUGGCUGAUGUGCCAUCUAGUCCGCAUGGAGUGAAAAUUAUAGAAGUGUCUCAGACUAUUGCAAAAGUUUCAUUCAAUAAACCAGAUUCGCAUGGAGGCGUCCCCAUUCAUCAUUACCAAGUGGAUGUAAAAGAAGUCUCUUCAGAAACAUGGAAAGUUGUGCUUUCACAUGGAGUUCAGACAAUGGUUGUUCUCAGCAAUCUGGAACCAAAUGCAACAUAUGAAAUCAAGGUUGCUGCUGUAAAUGGAAAAGGGCAAGGAGAAUACAGCAAAAUUGAGAUAUUUCAGACUCUACCAGUUCGUGAACCAAGUCCUCCAUCUAUUCAUGGACAACCAGGAAGUGGGAAGAGCUUUAAACUUAGCAUAAUAAAACAAGAUGAUGGUGGCGCUCCUAUUUUGGAAUAUAUUGUAAAAUACAGAAGUAAAGAUAAGGAAGAGCAAUGGCAAGAGAAAAAGGUUCAAGGUAAUAAAGACCACAUUAUCCUAGAGCAUUUGCAGUGGACAAUGGGCUACGAAGUGCAAAUUACUGCUACCAACAGGCUGGGCUACUCAGAACCAACAUUAUAUGAGUUCAUCAUGCCACCAAAACCCAAUAUUAUUACAGACACACUCUUUAAUGGUCUUGGACUUGGUGCAGUUGUUGGACUGGGUGUAGCUGCUCUUUUAUUAAUUCUUGUCGUGACUGAUGUCAGCUGCUUUUUUGUACGGCAAUGUGGAUUGCUAAUGUGCAUCACCAGAAGGAUCUGUGGGAAGAAGAGUGGCUCCAGUGGGAAAAGUAAAGAGUUAGAAGAGGGAAAGGCUGCAUAUCUGAAAGAUGGAUCAAAAGAGCCAAUCGUUGAAAUGAGAACUGAGGAUGAAAGAAUUACCAAUCAUGAAGAUGGAAGUCCAGUAAAUGAGCCCAAUGAAACAACACCAUUAACAGAACCAGAGAAAUUGCCAUUAAAGGAAGAAAAUGGAAAAGAAGUUUUAAAUUCAGAAACUAUAGAAAUCAAAGUCUCUAAUGACAUCAUCCAGUCGAAAGAAGACGAUAGCAAAGCAUAAUGCAACAACUACGGCUGUCUAGAGGGGAGAAACAAGCAUUUGGAAUUUGGAUUCAAAUAAAUCUGUGACCAAAACUUUACAGCUGACCUUAAUUUGGGGGGCAACUUAAGAUGGAAUAAUUCAUAGAAGUAGUUCAAACUGCUUCUGUUGACUGUCCGUUUUCAUUUUAUUUCAAUAGUUUUAGUCUGUAGUCCUGGCUGACAUCAGUCCCGUGAUCUCAGUUUGGCAAAUCAGCCAAUAUAAAUAUUGUAAUUUAUUUUAUUGCUGGGAAAAAAAUCUCUUUAUAAAACAUCAAGAUACCCCCUUAGCCACAGAUUGUACAUGAGACAGCUGCACCUCUUAUAAUGGAAGUUAAACCCAUGAGAGAAAGUGCCAUAUACAUUUAUAUUUGUUUGUAUUUGCAAUUUUAAAAGAUUUUGGUUGCCUUUAAAAUAAAAUAAAAAUAAAAAUAUAUAUAAAUAAAUAAAUAUAUAUAUAUAUAUAUAUAAUAUAUCAGUCUCAGUUAGAAAUUAGAUAUAUGUGGCUGGCAAAGGCUAAAUAGUGACCUCAGCUACAGUUGACCUUUGACACAACAGACUUCUGCAUGGUGAUAACCCUGCACUUUCACACCAGUUCCUAAAUACAAUGAAGGGUUCAUAGGUUUGGUGUACAGAAAUUAACAAAGGUGUGAACUAUUUUGACAAAAAUCUUGAUCAUCUCUCACAUUCCACAGAAAUGUUAGCACUUCAGAUAUUUUCUAUUUUUGUUCAAAAGAUUGUCUGUUCGCUAAAAAUGUCAGAAUUUAUUUUGUGAGAAAAUAAAAUCUGAAUUAUUACCAUUGCACUCAGCUUAAAAGGAAAUCUUAACAAUAAAUACAAGCUCAACAGAGAUGCCACUAUCUAUUUAUAAAAGAGAAUAUUGCACAUUCUUUAUUUUCAUUCAUUUAGUACAAAAAUAAACGUCUUUGUUUUCAUUUAACAAGUUAUUUCUCUAAACCUGUAGGGCAGAAUCCAAAGAGCUACUUCUGGAAUAUCUAUGCCCAGCUGGAUUUUCAUUUUUUACCCCUUUGGGCAGUAGUCACUUCAUGCUGCAAUAUUACAAAAUGUUUUGGAAACUUCUCACCUUCAAAACAGGUUGUCAUACAAUAUGAGAAAACACAAGUCCAAAGCUUUUGCAUAUGAGGAACCAGUCACAUGGCUCUUUCGAUUCAGGCCCAAAUAUGUACUGAUGGUGUAAACUAUUAAGUAUUUGCCCUAAUUUCUACACUUUUUUCUCUUUUUAGUUUAGGAAUAGUUAUAACAACACUUAAUUUAUAAUGAAAACAAUCAUCACGAAAAGACAGAUUUCAAUAUAAUAGGAAAAUAUGAAAAUUAAACAUCUGUAUUGUCUUUCUCAUUAUUGUGAUUUGUUUUAAUGCUUAUUCAAUCCCUUAAGAUAUUUACCACAAUAAAUGAAUCCCAAUUAUUAACAUGAGGAAUAAAAAUUUGAACCACAUCUAACAAAGAGUCCGUUCAGACCAUUACUUUCUGAUCCAUGCAAUUAAAAGGGAGACAUGCUGAGAGUGCACCCAUCCUGACAUCCUCCUGGUGCCUUCCUUUGUAAGAGAAAUGUGGUUUUUCCAAAUCACCACUCUACUCACAACCCAAAUACUAUUUUACAUUGAGCUCAAAAGUUUUCUAGCUUGAAACAGGCUUUUCAGAGUGUUUUGAGCUUGAGACAAAAUGCCCUUCAAAAUGAAAGGCCUCUUUUGAGCUCAAAACAAAAUGAUCCCAUUUCGAGUUGAAAUGUUCUGAGCGUUUUGAGCACGAUUUUGUAGCCUUGUUUUUCUGGGAGAGCACAAUUGGGGUUUGCAGGUAGACCAGGCCUCCACUCCAUGUCAGCCCAACUCAGAGACCUGAUCUACCCAGUGACCUCAGUUGGUAGGCCCUUGAAAAACGACCCUACAAAAUGGCGCUGGAAACACUCAAAAUAUUUUGUGUUUGCUUUGUUGAAACAGCCAACUUGGCUGCCAUUUCAAUGAAACAUUUCAAGCAUCUUGCGUUUCGUUUCAAGCUGCUCUCCAGCACACUCUAUAAAGGAAUGUACCAAGAGGACAUCAGGACAUAUGCAAAUUGCAUCAGGAUGGGUGUGCUCCAGAGUUGCCAGAACCUAAGGGGUAUACUCGUGGGUCAAAUGGGCUGUAAGCCAGCAUUUGGCUUUUUUAAAAGCCAAAUCUGCCCACCUAGGUGUGCUCUCAGUAUAUUUUCCUUGUAAUUGUUUGGGAUGGAAGAAUGUCAUCCAAACUGGCCCAAUGAAUAUUUCCUCUUAUAUCCCCUCUUGUCAGAGACAACAGAAGGAAAUAUGGCUCAUUGUGCCUAAAAAUAAAAAUAACCCAUUCCAACAUGAAUUCAUAUCAGUAUAGGGUGUGUAAUAUUUAAACAACUAACAGGUUCCCAAUAUUCAGGAUUCCCAGUAUUCAUAUUUUCCCAUACUACCAUGAUAACCUUGGGUAGAAAUGCUGACUUUGUAGAGAGUAAGUAGAUGGCUAUGCAACCAGUGAGGAUGAAAGAGAUAAAUAAUAUUUGGUCAUUUGAUGUUAUUUUCAGCCACAGGUGAUCAAGGUUAAUAAUGAUUUUUUUUCUUCUUAAUAGAUUUGGAAAUUGAUUUGCUAAACAGUUAAAAUCUUUUUUUUCCCUUUUGAAUGUUAAACUGUGAUUGAACAAGAAACUGGGUCAAGUUAAGAAAAUUUAAGAUACAGAAAUUCAAAUCAAGGGGCUUGUGUUGCUAUGUUAUUAGUCCUAUGCUUAGGGAAAACCAGAAAGCUUGGAUCUGUAAGAUUGCUCUUUAACAAACUUGUCUUAGCAGGCAAAACAAUUAGCAGAUCUCUACAUGGCUUAUACUGAUUUUCUUAUCAAUUUCUUCCUGGGACUGGUAUUUAUUAGUAAUAUUCUGGAAGCUUUCUGCUGGACUGGACUCUUUUUUAAAAUAGCAGUUAUUGCUAAGUCCAUGUAUCAAUGAUGUCCCAAAAUAAAAACAAACUGAAGUCAGGUCCUCUUCUGCUAUUGAUUGAAAUGUUAUUUAAGUAAUAGAAAGGAGAAGGACCAUUAAAAAAAAAUCACACCAACCUGCUGUGCAGGUUGAUGAGGGUGAUUUAGUAUUGUCCAUGCCAUGUGACCAUCUAAGAAACAUGCCCAUGGUGCUUCUCCACAUGCCUCUUCUGUUAUUAUUAUUCUGAAGUCACAUGUGAUAUUACUUGUGUUAUUCCAAUGCAAGCAGUAUGGUGACAUGUGAUUGCACAAGCAUAAAGAGUAGCAGAAGAGCCUUGUUGUGCAGUAUUGUGGGAGUGUUUGUUAGACACUAGCAGCAGCAUGGGUGGUUAUUAUGUCAUGUAAGCCUGUGAUUGUCUCACUGCUGUGUAAGUUUGUACAAAAUACUACAGAACCAUUUGGGGACAGUGCCCUUAGGUUGUACUCUUAUCCACACUUACCUAGGAGUAAACCCUAUUGGACAUGGUAGGGCUUAUUUCAAGGUAAACAGGAUAGGAUUGUUUUAUUAGUUAAAUUUCAGUUGGUAUGUAGGGCUUUAAGCCUUUCUUCUUGGAAUUAGGUCAAACAUGGCAAAUACAGAUCAGAAUUUUACAGAACAAACCAUCUAACAAAAUAUCAGUGUUUCCAGUGGAAGAACAACACAUGAUAAUUUAUAAGGUAUGUAGAGAACAGGAAUAAAUUGGGUGUUCUUUCCCCCAUUAACAGAUAAGAGUAUUCCUAAAAAUAUAAAUGUCACAUUUCACUACCUGAGAGUAAAUGAGUUAGUAUAAAAUGUCAUCUGAGUCAUGCUAACAUAGCUAUCAGUAAAAGUAAUACAAAGUAAAGUAUAUUAAUGUUGGGCCUUGCAUCCCAUUCAAUCUUUGAUGUUCUUUGUCACUUGGCACAGUGGUGGUGAAUGUCUAAGACUGAAUGCACUAUUGCUACUCGUAUUACUAUUCUGUUCUACUGCUGAGUGGCAAAUGAGGGUGGAAGAUGCCCAUUAGAAGAGGGCAUUACUUGAUGGCAGAGGCAGGAGUUGCACAGAACUACACAAAGCUCAAUUCCUUGAAAGAGCAUGAACCAGUGACAUUAUUGACCAAUAUCACUAAUCCUCAAGGUUGCCACUCAGCAGUGGCUAGAUAAUGAAUUCAGAUCCUGGCAUGCACCACUACUGAUACAGAUGGUGCAAAGACAAUCUCUUUUAAAGUACAUUGGGAUUUUUUUUUAGAAGAUAAAGUUGGAUUUCCCAUAACACUUUUAAUUGCUGUCUGUCACUAUUUCAAUGUACAAUCUCCAAUAUAUGAUGAAGAAUAAUUUAAUUAAUGAAGGCAUACAUGUGGACUCACCUUUUGAUGCUCAUUCUGGUUAUGUCCAAAAACAAACAAACAAACAAACAACCUUCUAGGUCUUAUUCCUAAGGCUGGCUAUAAGAGGCCAAAUGCAAUGAUCAGAUGUUCCUUAUUUGAAGAUAAUUUUCUUAAAUGCAUUUAAGGAGAUCACAAACUUCUUAUGGCAGAGCAUUACAGCUCUGUAGCUAUCUGUAGACCAGGCACAAUGUUUUAAAAAGGCUCUUCUUUUUGCAGCUUUGAUCUUGGUGCCUGAAACCUAAGGAAUAUUUGGGAACAAAAAUCCCACCAUAUAGGGCCAUGCAAGAAUGUAGUAUGAUUUAUCCUAAACAGUUUAUAGGAGUGGAAUAGAAUUUCUGUAUUUCCAUAAGUAUAUACAGCUUACUUAGGCACACAAUAAAAUUAAAAAGAAAAAUAUAUAUAACAGCUGUUCUAUAACAAUAAAUUCCACUAAAUAUCUUCUUGCUUAGAACCUAUUGUGUAUCAGAAAACUGUUAUUUUUUUUACGAUUGUGAAAUAUUCUUUAUUUAAGUGCCAAUCAGUGAGUCAAUUUUCCCUGUUACUUAGAUAAUUAAGAUGUAUUUGUGCCUUUGGGUAGCAUGCCCCUCUGCUUCAGUAAAGCAAAAACACCAACAGCCCUUCUUCAACUAUUUAUCUAAAAUUUGCCCUGUUUCAGCUAAUGAAGAACCUCAUACUUCCCUUCCCAGAAAUGAAAAUAAACCUGGGCAUUAUCAUUCAUCCACAUUAACCAUUAAAAACCCAUCUACCUAAGAUGUGGCAAAGCCGCUAUUUGUUCACAUUUGUUUUGUAUGUUGCGAAAUGUACUUGUGUGUAUAGACUUCAGUGCUCAAAUUUCAGUCAGGAGAGAGUUACCUAUGAAUCAGAACUCUUGAGGAGGCGUUUCAAAGACAAAAACUCCAGCAAAGUGUCAUCUCCUACAAAAAGUCAGUAAGAAAAGCAAAAGCCAUGUUAAUAGCCCUUUUCAGGCAGUCCUCAGGAUACAAUGACUGUGCAUGGUUGGGGUGGCAACCGACAUGUUCUGUAGAAUGUAUGUAAAGAUACCCUCCCCAUCCCAUAUACAGCUUCAUAUAUGGGCCUCCUGCACCAUUCUAAUGAACAUACAUAGAUUGGGUUGAAGCCUGUCAUAUCAAUGCCACCUUCUCACACACAUAUGUUCUUUGUACAUGAAUGAACACCUCAAAAAGCCUAAUGCUAUGAGCUUUUGAGAGAUUUUCUUAUUUGACCAAUCCUUAUGGACAAUGUUGUUAGAACAUUCUUAUGCCAAAAUAGCCUUCCAAGUUUUUAAUUAUUCCCUUAACCCUAAACAUUUGUCUGUUUUACAUUAAGGAUCCUCAAAGGACUUUCCUUCCAUUUUCUAUGAAAACUAAAACCAUUAGGAAUAUUCCUUGCAAAGCUAGUACUGAAUUCACUGCCUGUGCUUUAGUUAUUACCAUAAAUUAUUUACCUACCACUUCAAUUAUUUCUGUGCAUGCGGUGGUGACAAGAUCUCUGCAUCACUGACCUAAAAUCACAGGCUACUAUGAUCACCCUACUCACUCUAAGAGAUAAAAAUAUAGCACAUUUCACAAAAUAAUUCAAAGGGUCCUUGAAGGUAUUUAGUUCGAUUGGAUAAGCUGUCCUUCAAUCAGAAUCUGUAGGCUAGAUAAUUCUAGCCCUUUGCAUGGUUUCAUCUUCUCAUCAGAGUGAAUCCAAAAGCUUGAUAUAUUUUGGAACUUUAAAAAGCAAUGGAUUAGAUUUUCUGUAAAUCACAAAUGACAAUAGUGUGAGCUCUGUCUGAACAAGACAUGAUAGCUGACAUUAUCUGUAGCAGUACAGAACUGCUACAUGCCACAUUGGGCUGCUGUGGACCCAUAAAGCAGUUCCAAUGCUGUAGAAAAUAGAUGGUUGCUUCCACAGUUUCUCCCAUUCAUGGCAAGGGGGAAAGCUGUGGUAGCGUUGCUGUGCACUCCUAUUCUCAACAGUACUGGGCUGCCUGAGUCCAAAGCUGUCCGGACACAGUGCACAGCUGCUCCGUUCCACUGUGUGUCAUGUCAGCCAUUAUAUAUAUUUGAUCUGUUUUCUUCUUUUAAGUUCAUUUUUGUGCAGGCAAAUACAUGGAAACGAGACUGGUUAAGAUCAACAUGUGUAUACUUCUAUAACAAAAUUACAUUAAAGAAGCUUCUACACACUUUUUGAACCACUUUCCAAGAUUUAUUGUAAGGAGCUGCAUAUUGAAAUUGGCUGCUGAUGCAAAGCAACUAUACACUAUUAAUUUUUCAAUAUUUCCAUCAUUCAUCUAUAAAUGAUUGAUUUAUAUACAGAUUGUCACAACCUGAUCAAACAGUUGCUGAGGCAACUGAGGUCUCACAGCAGUAUUUGUAUCAAUACAAUUUGUAUCAAUUAUAGUUUGUCCCCUUAAAAAAAACAAAAACCCAUGGUCCCUUUCUGGAUGAUAUUUAAGCUUUGAUAUAGGUUUUAUCAUAACUGUAGGAAAUGAAAUAAAAUGGGCAUGAUCCAGCCAAAAGCCAGCCAAUUAAAGUUCAUAGGGGACAUUUAGGCAUGUGCUUUAACUUUCCCAUUGAAAUCAAUGCAACUUAAAACUGCUGAACUUUGGGUGAAUUAUGCCCAUUGUAUCUUACCACAUUUGUGUUUUAAGAACACAGGUGGAAUUGAGAAUGUUACAGUGAUGCCACGCAGGGAGCAGUGACAAAAUAGGGACAUUAAGACAGCAGAUGCAAAGGAUGAUGGUGUAAGCCAAAGAGAAAGCAGCAGGUGACAUGGAGGCAAAAGAUGGAGAGAAAUGCUGGCAGAGAAGCUAACACGCAGAGAGGGCCAUAAUGGGACAAAAAGGGAAAGGUCUGAUUAUGUUUUUAAGGGAAAUUUAAGAGGAUGAAACAACUUUAAAUCCUGCAAAUUAUUUCGGUUGCAUUCACAUGAAGCUCUGAAUGUAUAUAAAUCAAGAACGCAAAAGACGAAUUUGAACCCUUCUGGAAAAUGCCAUUGCUCAUGCCAGACAUAUAGGCUACUUAGACAAGAUUAAGAAUAGCUUCCUGCUACAAUGAUUGUUGGGGUAUGUAUUUUGGAUUCUGUGUACAGUAUAAUCUAAAACAUACCAAUUUUUGUUAGUUAUGUUGUUUCAAGAGUCAAUAUAUGGUAUCUGCCACCUGAGUUAGUUCUGGCUAAGUUAGCUACCACUGGAGCAAGUUUGUUUAUUGUUUCAAAAUUUUAUGUCCCUCUGAAAUGCUGUAUAUAUAUCUAAACUGUAAAAAAAAAAAAAGAUACUGCAGAUGCUGAAGUUUUGUAUUUAUGAAAGACAUUGAAAGUAUGGAUUACAGUUCUAUCAAUUAUUUGUCACUCUCCACCAUUUGUAUAUUAAUAGUAAAAAGACUUUUACUUUAACAAA